CUCAGAGGGACUGGGUGGCUUCGGUUUCACAGACAGCGGAGGUUGGACAAGGUUUCCGAGGAGUGGGCGGGGCUCUGCGCUCAAGAUAAGACCAGGAAAUCGUGGUCCCCAAGCCUCAAGCCAGGCUGCACUUAGACGUCGCCGGCUAGUCUCCUCGCCUGCAGAUAGUUCCCAAAACAUGAGGAUAUUUGCUGUCAUUAUAGUCACAGCCUGCUGUCACUUGCUACGGGCGUUUAUUAUCACGGCUCCAAAGGACUUGUACGUGGUGGAGUAUGGCAGCAACGUCACGAUGGAGUGCAGAUUCCCUGUAGAACGGGAGCUGGACCUGCUUGCGUUAGUGGUGUACUGGGAAAAGGAAGAUGAGCAAGUGAUUCAGUUUGUGGCGGGAGAGGAGGACCUUAAGCCUCAACACAGCAACUUCAGGGGGAGAGCCUCGCUGCCAAAGGAGCAGCUUUUGAAGGGAAAUGCUGCCCUUCAGAUCACAGAUGUCAAGCUGCAGGACGCAGGCGUUUACUGCUGCAUGAUCAGCUACGGUGGUGCGGACUACAAGCGAAUCACGCUGAAAGUCAAUGCCCCGUACCGCAAAAUCAACCAGAGAAUUUCCGUGGAUCCAGCCACUUCUGAGCAUGAACUAAUAUGUCAGGCCGAGGGUUACCCAGAAGCUGAGGUAAUCUGGACAAACAGUGACCACCAACCCGUGAGUGGGAAGAGAAGUGUCACCACUUCCCGGACAGAGGGGAUGCUUCUCAAUGUGACCAGCAGUCUGAGGGUCAACGCCACAGCGAAUGAUGUUUUCUACUGUACGUUUUGGAGAUCACAGUCAGGGCAAAACCACACAGCGGAGCUGAUCAUCCCAGAACUGCCUGCAACACAUCUUCCACAGAACAGGACUCACUGGAUGCUUCUGGGAUCCUUCCUGUUGUUCCUCACUGUAGUGUCCACGGUCCUCCUCUUCUUGAGAAAACAAGUGCGAAUGCUAGAUGUGGAGAAAUGUGGCGUCGAAGAUACAAGCUCAAAAAACCGAAAUGAUACACAAUUCGAGGAGACGUAAGCAGUGUGGAACCCUCUGAUCGUCGAUUGGCAGCUUGUGGUCUGUGAAAGAAAGGGCCCAUGGGACAUGAGUCCAAAGUCUCAAAAUGGAACCUGAGGGAGAGAACCAAGAGAGAAAGUGUUGGGAGAGGAGCCUGGAACAACGGACAUUUCUUCAGGGAGACCCUGCUAAGCAAGUUGCCCAUCAAUCGUCUUGGGAAAUGGGUUGAGGGUUCCUGGCUUAACAGCUGGUCCUUGCACAGUGACCUUUUCCUCUACCCAGUGCCGGGAUGAGAGAUGGAGUCAUGAGCGUUGAAGAUUAAGUGCCUUCUAUUUAUUUUGAGUCUAUGUGUUCCCACUUUGGGCAUGUGAUUAUGACUGGUGAAUUCUGAUGACAUGAUAGAUGUUAAGAUGUAGUCACCGAACACAGCUGCUGCUUAGCAUCCUCCGUAACUACUGAUACAAGCAGGGGACACAGAGGUCACCUGGUUGGUUGGACAGGCUCCUGCUCUCUGACUCAAAUAAUCUUUAUUUUCAGUCCUCGAGGCUCUUCGAUAGCAGUUGUUCUGUAUCAGCCUUACAGGUGUCAGGUAUAGCACUCAACAUCUCAUCUCAUUACUAUAGCAACCAUCAUCACCAUAGCAACAGCUAACCUCUGUUAUACUCACUGCAUAGCCAGGAAGCUGAGCGACUAAGUCACUUGCCCACAGAGUAACAGCUCUCAGAUUUCUGUUCUUCAGCCACUGUCCUUUCAGGAUAGAAUUUGUCAUUAAGAAAUUAAUUUAAAAACUGCUUAUUGAGUAGCAUUGUAUAUCACACCAUGCCUUGUGCACUGUGCUGGCCUCUGAGCUUAAAGAUGUACGCCGGAGUACCGGUCGGACAUGUUUAUAUGUGUGUUAAAUACUCAGAGAAAUGUUCAUUAGCUCGAAUUUUAAAGACACUGGGAAGUAACUCCAGUUCAUUGUCUAGCAUUACAUUUACCUCUGAUUUGCUAUCCUUGCCAUACAGUUUCUUGUUCUCCAUGAAGUGUCGAAUCUUGUUGAAUAGUUUUUUUUUUUUUAAUGUUUCUAUUUAAGUGAUAUUGACAUCUGAGGUGAUAGCUCAUUUGGUAAAACACUUUCCUCACAAGUGUGAAGCCCUGAGUCUUAGCCCUAGAACCCGCAUAAAAAAAAGCAGUUGCGUAUGUUUGUGCAUGCUUUUGAUCCCAGCACUAGGGAGGCAGAGGCAGGCAGAUCCCGAGCUCUCAUUGACCACCCAGCCUAGCCUGCUUGGUAAGCUCCAGGCCUACAGGAGCUGGCAGAGCCUGAAAAACGAUGCCUAGACACACACACACACACACACACACACACACACACACACACACACACACACCAUGUACUCAUAGACCUAAGUGCGCCCUCCUGCACAUGCACACACAUACAAUUCAAACGCAAUCAACUGGGAACUGUCUCAGAAUGGUCCCCAAGACAAAGACGAAGAAGAAAAAAACCAAACCAGCUCUAUUCCCUCAGCCUAUCCUCUCUACCCCCUUCCUAGAAGCAACUGCUAUUGUUUUUAUGUAUAAAUUUUCCCAAAGACAGUUAAUAUGUAGAAUAUAUGUAAAAGUGUCUGUCAAUCUAUAUUAUCUAUCUAUCUAUCUAUCUAUCUAUCUAUCUAUCUAUCUAUCUUUCUAUCUAUCUGUACCUAAAUGGUAGUUCACUAUGCAUUUUCUGUGCUCUUCGCCCUUUUCAUUUAAUGUAUGGAUAUUUAUGCUGCUUCCAGAAUGGAUCUAAAGCUCCUAAGAGGAAACUGCCUUUGUUUCUAGGUUUUCUCCCCCAUCCUUCUAGGCAUCUCUCACACUGUCUAGGCCAGACACCAUGUCUGCUGCCUGAAUCUGUAGACAGCAUUUAUAAAGCACGUUAUCACCGAGUUUGUAUUUGGCUUGUUCUGUGUCUGCUCAAAGGGAGACCAUGAGUCCCCAGGGUACACUGAAUUACCCCAGUACCAAGGGGGAACCUUGUUUGUGUCUUCAUGGCAGAAGCAGACCUGGGGCCAUUUUGGCUUCUUCCUUGACUUCUCUCAAACACAGAUGCUUCUCUUGCCCAUUACAGGGUCUCCCUGGGAAUGUCAGCAUUGCUGCUUGACUGCUGGCUGCCCUGGAAGGAGCCCAUUAGCUCUGUGUGAGCCCUUGAAGGCUACUGCCUCUCCUUAUACACAGGGGCCUCUAAGAUACUGUUUUCUCUAGGGGGAGGAGAGGAGGAGGAACCCAGAACUUUCUUACAGUUUUCCUUGUUCUGUCACAUGUCAAGACUGAAGGAACAGGCUGGGCUACGUAGUGAGAUCCUGUCUCAAAGGACAGACGAGCAUAGCCGAAUCCCCGGCUCACAAGCUUGUUACCUGUUCACACAAGCUUACUGAUGAGUCUCGUGUUAAUGUCUUGUUUGUAUGAAGUUUAAGAAAAUAUCGGGUUGGGCAACACAUUCUAUUUAUUCAUUUUAUUUGAAAUCUUAAUGCCAUCUCAUGGUGUUGGAUUGGUGUGGCACUUUAUUCUUUUGUGUUGUGUAUAACCGUAAA